AAUGUUAUUUCGAUUGUAACUUCUCAGUGAGUUUCAGAAAGUCCUUCCAAUGGUUCCAUCUAUUGUUAGAGAUUUCAUCAACUCUCACACAGUAUAAUUCAAAAGUCGAUUAAUAAUCUUAAUCAAUAAUUUUCAAUGAAUCAAAGUGAAGUUUCGUUCUUUUAUUCUGUUUUUAAUUCACUUAUUUUAAUGCAUCUAACUAAUUAAUCUCAUCAUCAUGCAACAAAUUUACUUUAAUCGUAUGAAAAGAUACUCUCCUGGAAAUAGUGUGAAAAUAAUUAAUUGCUCAAUUGUUACUUUCAAAUCAUCAACACCUUAUCCAAAACUGAAAGUUGAAAUGUUAUCUUCCAAUCAGCCAACAAUCAAUACAAUCAGAGACAAAGAAAUCUAAAUAAAACAAUUAAAUCAUCAAUCAUCAGUAUUGACACUCAAUAAAAAAUUAGUAAAACUGUUUUCACAUUUACACCUUAAAGUGAUUGUUGUCAACCAAACCCAUCAAGCCAAUCAGUUUAAUUAGUGAUUAACAAUUUAAAGGAUGUUACACAAUCAGAGAUCCAAGGAAGAGGAGGAGAGAAGGAGAUUAAAAGAUUAAAUCAUUAGCGUCAUUUAAUUAAUAGUUUAAUAGUGAAUUUAUUUGAACAAUUUGCCAUUCAGACUAAGUGUUGUGUUUAAUUAACAACUCAAACAAUUAACAAUGAGUGAUUCAAUUAACAAUGAGUUUACCAUUUCCAAUCAACAAGGGACAAUUAAAGCUACAUUUGUCAACGUUGGUGCUUCAUUGAAAAACUUAAUUGUUAUUGAUAAAAAUGGUGAUCAUCAAGAUAUUGUCCUUGGUUUACCAAAUCCAAUUGAUUACGUUGAUAACAAUUUAGCUUAUUUUGGUUGUGUUGUUGGUCGAGUUGCCGGAAGGAUUAAAGAUGCUCAAUUUAAUCUUGAUGGUAAACAAUACAAAUUGAUUGCUAAUAAAGGUACUAAUCUUUUACAUGGAGGUAAAAUUGGUUACAGUCAAAAACCAUGGAUUAUGGUUAAUCAAUCAACUAAUUCAGUUAAAUUUCAAUUAAUUUCACCUGAUGGUGAUAAUGGUUUUCCUGGAAGUCUUCAAGUAACAAUUGAAUAUAUUGUCACCCAAUCAAAUGAAUUAUCAUUCAAUUAUGAAGCUAAAUUGAUCAAUGAUGAUCAAGAAAAGGAUAUACAAUCAACCAUAAUUAAUUUAACUAAUCAUAGUUAUUUUAAUCUAAGUGGAUUUUCAUUUAAAGAUGACAAAACAAUUCUUAAUCAUAUUGUCCAAACAAAUUGUAAUCAAGUUUUGGAUAAAGAUGAUGAUCUAACUGCUAAUGGUAAAAUUUUGAACGUUAAUUCAGUUAAUGGGUUAGAUUUUACUCAACCCAAAACCAUUGGUCAGUCAAUUGAAUUAACUAAUGGUGGUUAUGAUGAUUGUUACCUUGUACCUAAUUACACUGGAACUGAUGGUCAGGGUGGGUCACAAUGUGUUCCAGUGAUAAAUGUUACCUGUCCAGCGUCCGGGAUAAAACUUACAAUGUCCACCACUGAGCCUUCAUUUCAAUUUUAUACCGGAAAUUUCAUCACGACCAAUAUACUGACCAAACGAUAUCCACAUGAAAAUGACCUUCAAUAUGAUAAACAUUUUGGAUUCUGUCUUGAAGCUCAACGUCCACCCAACGCAAUUAACGUUCCCGGUUGGGAAUCUUAUGUAAUCCUGAAACGAGGACAAACUUAUAAACAGAAAACUGUUUAUUCAUUUACAACAGUAAACAAUUAAUUGUGAUUGAUUAACUUUCCAAUGCACAGUUAAUCUGUAACCAAUUGUAUUAGACAGUUACAAUCAAGAGAAUCAUUUUCAUUGUUAUAACAAUUGUUAACCAUUUUAAUGAAUUGAUUAAAAUUUGAUACUUUUCAUUGUUAAGGUGAUCGGUAAUGUAAAUUAAUUGAUUGUUGUUUCAAUUGUUUCAUCAAAUUUUCAAGGUUUGCAUCCUGUCAACAUUAAUAAAAAACUUUUCUCUCAUAA